AUGGCCUACGCCGAUGACGCCGUCAGAGCAAAGCUCUCGGCCCUGAACGAAACUCAAGACAGCAUCGUCAGUGUCGCUCAAUGGAUCAUCUUCCACAGACGACACGCAGACCGCACUGCUGAGCUCUGGUUCGAGAGGCUCAAGGACUCAAACCCGCCUAAGAAGCUCAAUCUCAUCUAUCUCGCCAAUGAGGUUGUCCAGCAAUCAAAGGCCCGCAAAAAGGACGACUUCCUCGUCGCCUUCAGCCCUAUCAUCGCAGAAGCCACAUCAUUGGCAUACAAGAGUGGCACACAAGACACCGGCGGCAAGAUCAAGCGUGUUGUUGAAGUCUGGCGUCAGCGCAACAUCUUCGAGCCCGCCAUACAAGAUGCAACCGAGAAGCGCAUUCAAGAAGUCGACAAGUCCCGCACAGCUCGUUCAGGUGGUGCACGUCUCGGUGGUUCCCUCCUCGGCGGUUCUCUCUUCUCAAACUCUUCUGCCCCGUCAGUACCACCUGAGCUGCAAUCUCUGGUACAACUGCAGUCCACCUUUUCCCGCUGCGACGCUACCGCUCAACCCCUGCUCCAGACCGCCGAUACCGAGUACACAAAGUCGACGGAUCCAAACACACCUGUACCCAGCCCUCCUGUUCACGCCGCUCGUCUCUCGUCGCUUUUGAAGAACCUUGCGGCUGCAGAAGGCGCCCUUGACGCCAGCCUCAAGGCCCGACACGAGCUCAUCGCCAGCCUGCAGAAAUUGCUUGACUCCAACAAAGCCAAGCUGGAGUUUGAACAAAUGGCACACUCGGAGCUUUCGUCCCGCCGCGCUACCAUCGAGGCAAAGAAGAAGGAUGUCGAGGACGGCAUUAUGCGUGGUCUGUCCGCCGAUGCGUCGGCCACCGUCUCCUCUGGCCCUUCCGCGGAUCCUCGCCCUGCUGGAAACGACGGCAGUCCUGAAGUCGAAGCUUUCACUCCUCCCCCAGAGGUCGAAAACUUCACGCCCAGUGGAUCUCCUGAACCCGCC